AUGACUUCUACAAGCAAGUUAGACAAGGCUCUUUGGACUAAUAUAACUCGACUGAAAUUAUUAACAAAAUUAGAUGCACCAGUUAAAUUCAUAUUUGAACGAUCUCCUUUUGAUGAUGAACAAGACGAAGAAUGCCCUACAGUACGAGAUGAAUAUCUCAUUAUUGGAAAAAUUUUACCAGAAUCAGAUAUUUUCAAACAGGGUGCAUUUCAAAUAGAAAUGAAAUUAAUACCAACAUAUCCCAUACAACCACCAGAAGUCCGAUUUAUAACACCUAUUUAUCACCCUAAUAUCGCUGAGGAUGGUAAAUUUUGUUAUCAACUAUUGAACAACGCUUCAAAAUGGAAGGAGGGAACAACUUUAGUUGAAGUUGUCAAAACUAUUGUUAAACAUGUUGAUAACCCUGACGCUGAUUAUGCAGCUAAUUAUGAAAUAGGCAAAGAAUAUAUGGAGAACAGACCAGAAUUCAAUCGAAAAGCAUUAGAAAUGGUGAAAAAACAUGCAUUACCUCGAAAUGCGUUUCGAAUUUUGUUAUUUGUUUAUCAACAAAAUCGACACACGUUUCUUUUUCUCGCAAUUCUUGCAUCCACUGAAAAACAAAUGGCUACCGUACAAUUAAACAAAGAGCUCUACAAUAAUAUAACUCGACUAAAAUUAUUAAAUGCAACAAAUUCAGAUCCUAAGUUUGUACUUGAAAAAUCACCAUUUGAUGAAGAUAAUGUAGAAGCAGCUGCUUCCGCGAACACAAAAGAAAUCUUCAUUACUGGACGAAUUUUUCCAGAAUCAGAAAUAUUUAGAGAAGGUGCAUUUCAAAUCGAAAUGAAAGUAACACCAAGUUUUCCAUUUGAUCCACCAGAAGUACGUUUUCUUACCAAAAUUUAUCAUCCAAAUGUUGCUGAAGACGGCAAAUUUUGUCAUGAACUAUUAAAGAAACAUGCAAAAUGGACCAAUAAAGCGUCUUUAGUGGAUGUUGUAAAAGCUGUUGUGCAACAUAUCGACAAGCCUGAUAUUGAUUACUCACUUAGUCUUCAACUCGGUCGUGAAUAUAUGGAAAAUCGACCUGAAUUUAAUCGUAAAGCAUUGGAAUAUGUCAAGAAACAUGCUUUGCCACGUAGUUGA